GUUUUUGCAGUCCCAAAUAAUCAUUCUUUUCCACUCAAAUUUCAAAUUUCUUCAUCGGAAGAUGCUAAAAAUAUAGUAAUGAUUUAUUCAUGCACGUGUAGUCAAUAGUCACGACAGACAGAGAACUGAACUCAACUCAACUCGCUCACUCACUGACUCACUCACUGUCUAAUCUAAUCUUCAUAAACCCUAGUACUUCACUCUAAUGGGUUGGAACCUCUUCUUUUGGCUUAUCAUUUGUUUCCCCACUAACAUUGCUCUUCUCGCUUCAACUUUCUACCAGGUCUUGAUUUUAUAUGACUUGGAAGCUGAUUAUAUCAACCCAUUUGAUGCUUCAUCUCGGAUUAACUACUUCAUUCUACCUGAGUUCAUUGGACAAGGACUCUUAUGUGUUGUCUGUCUCUUCACUGGUCACUGGUUCAUGUUUUUGCUCAAUGUUCCUAUUACUUGCUAUCAUGCCAUGCUGUAUGUGAAAAGAGAGCAUCUUAUUGAUGUUACUGAAGUGUUUAGAGUACUCAAUGCCGAGAAGAAACUCCGGAUAGCCAAACUUGCUUUGUACUUAAUAGUCCUCAUUGUCACCGUGUUCAGGCUUACAUUGAUCGGUGUCUACUAUUUAGGCCUAGAAGACGAUGAUGACUUGAGAUAUCUUUGGUAACUCGUGUGCAAUGUGGCAAAAAUGUGUGAAUCCCCUCUGUUUUGAUGAAAUUGGGAUUUGAUAUGUACCAUUAGGCUUAGGACUUAGACUUCAGAAGCUCACAAAAAUAGAUCUUAGGCACUAAUUUGAGUGAGAUUGCAUACCCAUCUUUCAAUAUGUUAAGGGUAUGUUUGUUUUAUAUUUUGUUGAAGUUUAUGUGAAAUUUUGAAGUUAAAAAUUGAUUUUUUGAUGGUGAAUGUUAAGUGUAUUCUUUGAGUUUGCUUCUUUGAAACAUUGUGUAGCAAAUUGGUUGGCUGGAUAUGCA